AUGUCUUUGGUUUUGGAGGACCAGAAUAUAAAGGCUCGGGCCUGGGAGACCCAGGCUUGGGAGGCCCAGUCCAGGGACAGGCAGCACAAGAAAGCCCCUCUGUCGGAGAUGGAGGCUGUCUCAAUUCCAAAACACAGUACCUCAGCUCUGCAGGUACAGGUGACAAAGAAGAAACAGAAUGAAGACCGUACACGUCUACUCUGGUCCAACAAGGCUGAGUACCUCCUGGCCCAGGUGGGCUACUCUGUGGCGUCACUCAAUCUGUUGAGCUUUCCCAACCUGUGGCUUCAAAACGGAGGAUGCAUUUUUCUCAUCAUCUACAUCCUCGUGCUGUUCUUGAUUGGAGUUCCUCUCCUCUUCAUGGAGAUGGCAUCUGGUCAGAGGCUGCAUGAGGGCAGCCUCGGUAUAUGGAAGCACACCAGCUCCUGGAUGAAUGGUUUGGGUUAUACCAGCUUCAUGGUGUGCUUCAUUGAGGGCUUAGUCUUCAGUUUGGUCAAUUGCUGGAGCCUCCUCUAUUUGAGCCAGUCCUUCCAGUUUCCUGUUCCAUGGGAGACAUGUCCCUUAGUGAAGAACUCCAGUGGAUUUGAUGCUGAGUGUGCACGGACGACACCCUCCAUGUACUUCUGGUACCGGAAGACCUUGAAUGCGUCAGACACAAUUGAGGAUGGUGGGCUAUUAAUCACCAGUGUGAGCCUGUCUCUCUUUCUGAUCUGGUUUCUUACUGGUCUUAUCAUGAUCAAUGGGUGCAAGUCCACUGGGAAGGCAUUGUAUGUGUUGGUGCCACUUCCCUAUCUCAUCAUCUUGUGUUUCCUCAUUCGAAGUCCACUGCUGGAAGGCGCAUCAUUUGGCCUUCAAUAUAUGUUGGUUUUCAAGGAGGUAUCCUUCCCUUCUCCUCCAUCAACCCUUGAGAGACACCAUAGCUGCCUAUUCUUAGGGCCUCCUUUCCUCACUAUCCAUUAUCUCCCUCUGUGUCCCCUGCCCUGGAUGCACCUUUUGUUUACCCUGGGCCUAGGCCUUGGCAUCAUAGCCUCCUUCGCGACAUACAUGCCCUCAUCCAACAAUUGUCUUGCUGAUGCCUUUGUCGUGGCUCUGGUCGACCUGGGCACCUCACUGCUUGCCACACCAGUCAUCUUCUCUGUCAUGGGCUUCUGGGCCACAGUCAUCGCGCAUCGCUGCAGCGAGAAGAAUGUUGAAAUACUUAUGAAUCUGGUAUCCUUGGGGAAACUGCCUCCUGAGGCCCAGCCCCCUGAAAACGUGCUUGGUAAUAAUGCAGCCUCCGCGUUCACCAGUUGGUUCGACAGCCUUCCCCAUUCUAUCAAGAAGAUGGUCCUCAGCAAGGUGUCUGACUGCGAAAUACAGAAUCAGCUUUUCAAGGUUAAGGAGGGCCCAAGAUUUGCAUUCCUGCUGUUCAUUGAAGCAAUGUCAUUCAUUCCUGGGUCUGCCUACUGGUCCAUCCUCUUCUUCCUGAUGUAUCUGUCCUUGGGGCUGACUUCCAUGGUAGGGAUCAUGCAGGGCAUCAUUACCCCACUUCAGGACAGCUUCUCUUUCUUCAGGAAACAUCCAAAGCUGCUCAUAGUGAAUGUCUCUGUGCUCAUGUUCCUGUGCAGCCUCUUCUUCGCUCGGCCUUCAGGCUACUACUACUUCAGACUGCUGAGUGACUACUGGAUAAUCCUUCCCAUCGUCCUCCUCACCACUUUUGAAAACGUUACUAUAGCCUGGGUCUAUGGGGCCAAGAGGUUCCUUGCAGAGAUAAUGAUCCUCAUGGACCGCCCCAUCUCUCCCAUCUAUCGUUUCCUGUUAUGCUGUCUGUGUCCAUCUGUGCUGCUAGUCCUGUCUGCUAUCUCCCUGAUUUACAUAUAUGUGCAGGACUUCAUCUACGUGGCCUGGGACUCAAGCACUGUGAGCCUCCCUCCCCAUUCAAAAGAAGUGUCUCGAGAAUUCCCGUCCUGGGCGCUCAACUUCAUAAUCAUCUUAGGUGUCAUUGUCUUCCUACCCAUCCUUAUAUACUUUGUAUACUGCCUCAUCCAUAGGAUCCUCUCCAGCUCCAUGAACUGGUCGCAUCUAUUACAUUCUCCAAAUCCUAAGGGCCAGCUAAGGCCCAGUAAAGAUAUUCAUAAGCGGGAAAUCCUACAAGAGGGCGUGCGAGGGGAGCAGCAGCGCAUGCGCGGAGAAACGGCGGGAAAGACGGAGCGCGAAGCAGGGCAAGGAGCGUCGCUGGCGCCCGUGGAGGCCUGA